GUGCAAAUUAAUAAGCGAUCGCAGCGGCUUUAGGUUUACCCUUCGGCAGAUCUGAAUUCACUAUAGACGUAGUCGUCGACGGAAGCAGUAGUCUCUGGUUUUCCGACUCAAUCCGGCACGCGCUUACGGCUUUGUUAGAUAGUUUUCGCAACCGUCGGCAAGGCAUGUGAUAUAAGAAAAGCCCUUAUGCUAGUAAAAAUAUAAACUACUAACUUAUUAAAAAAUAAUACAAUAAUUUUAAAUAAAAAUAACAAAAAUGAGUAGCCAGGCCAAAGAAAUCGAGGCUCUGCCGCCCACUGUCCAGGACUUCAAGGCUCCUGAUCUUCCGGACAACAAACCAGUGCUCUUCUUUCAUCCGUACAACUUCCAUGCGCAAAAAGUUCUUAUGGUCUUCUAUGAAAAGAAAAUUGAUUUCUUUCCCUAUGUGGUAGACCUGUGCAAUGGCGAGCAGUAUUCCAAUUGGUUCCUGAACUUAAAUCCUAAGGGCGAUGUGCCAGUGCUCCAAGAUGGUGCCUUUGUCAUUCCCAGCUCGUCGCACAUCAUCAACUAUGUGGAGAGCAAAUUCCGCGGAGGAUCUAAUCUUUCACUGAAGCCCCCGCACAACUCCAAGGAAUUCGACCAGAUGUUGGUCUUUGAACAAGCCAUUGCUCGCCUGCCGGUGGGAACUCUCAGCUUGGGUUCCUUUAUGCAUGAUGAUCUAAAGCUGGUGCCCAAGGCGCCUUUCAUAGGACCCGUGCGUCAGUCCUGCCUGAAAAACAACGAAAAGGUUUUAGAUCUGCUGCGUCACUCCGUGGACGAUCAUUCAACCAACAAAGCAGCACUGCAGCACAAGCUGGACAUUCAAGUGCGUCGGCAUGAAUUAGCCUCUUCCCGUGAAGAGUUCCAAAAAGUUUUAGAUGCCGUACGCCACUUUCUGCUGUACGUGGAGCAGGAGCUAUCAGCUCAGGCACCUCGAAGUGAGUGGCUAACCGGAGACGAACUAAGCGUAGCUGAUAUCUCGCUUGGACUUCUGCUCUAUCGACUGUACCAGCUAGGAUUCGAGAAUUACUUCUGGGCCUUUGGAAAACUGCCACAAGUGGAGGCCUACUUCCUACGUUUCCGACAGCGCGAAUCCUUUCACCGCCUGCAGCCAAGCAACUUCGCCAUUCUGCGUGAGAUGUGGAUGCGGACCCCGGGAAACUAUAAGCUAGGAGCGGGAGCGGGCUUCCUGGGUAUGGCCAUGUUCGCCGCCUUCGCGCACAAGUGAGCGGAGGAACGGGACACCAGACUUUGUUAACAAAUCCUUUUACUGUUAAAGUUGGGCACAUAUAAACACACGAACAUAAGAACGCUUAAACCUACGCACUGCUGAUGAAGGAUGCUGGGGGUGUCAUGGUAAGAUUCCGGCAAAGGAGGAUGAGGAGCAGAACGCAAUCCAGUGCCAGCCUCGGCUGCUUAGUAAUAUCAUUGUUACAUCAUUUCAUCGUCGCUGAAUACAAAAAUUUGGUAUCAAUUCCAA